AUGGCUGCUCACGACCCCAAGUCCGAGGCCAGCGCUCACAUUGAAAUUAUUGAUGCGCACAAAAAGGCUGCAAAACCUGUCGUGGGUACUAUCAGACUCUUCGAUGACGAUGGCAUCGUUCUCAUCCCGACUCCGACCAGGGAUCCCAAUGAUCCUCUAAACCUUCCAACAUGGCAAAAGUAUACCAUCCUUGUCAUAGUCGGCCUCUUCGCAGCGUCCGCCAACCUUAUGGCAAGCGGAAUUAGUGCCAUUCUGCCCAUAGUAAAAGCGUCGUAUAAUGGAGAUCCAAAGACAAGCGACCUUGCGACUUGGCCAGCAUUCUUCAUGGGUGUUGGAAAUCUGAUCGCGAUCCCUGUUGCUCAUGCCGUCGGGCGAAGGCCAGUGUACCUCAUUUCGACAAUUGUCUUGUCUUUCGGCUGCCUCUGGUGCGCAUGCAGCGGCAGCUUGGCCUCACAUAUCGCCGGGAGAGACAUUAUGUCCAUUGCUGCAGGCCAAGCUGAAGCCCUCUGUCCCAUCAUUGUGCAAGAGAUUUUCUACUUGCAUGAGAGAGGAAACGUGAUUGCUUGGUUCUGCGCACUCCAGACGCUUGGUACGGCAGCGCUUAUUGUCUCAAGCUCAUACCUCGCAAACGAUCUUGGCUGGAGGUGGUGGUAUGGCGUCUUUGGUUGCCUGAGUGGAGCUAUUGCUCUUCUCAGUAUCAUCUUUGUGGUCGAAACACAUUACGAGCGCACGCUAGAAGCACUGACUGGCCAAGGUAUCGACGAGGACGGAACGCUAGUUCCGGUAACGACAAACACAAAGCGUAAACUCGAUACAGUUAAUUACGCACCGCGUAGCUUUGUUCGAGACAUGCUACCCUGGAAAGGCUAUGCACGCUGGUCAGAAGCAAUCACCUGCUGGAAGCACAUGAUCCAGAUCAUCUGGUUUCCCAACAUUCUUUGGCUGACCUUGAUCAACUCCGUGGCUCUCGGCAUCUAUGUGCUCAUGUCGGCACUUUUUGCCGGUGUCCUUGUACAACCCCCAUAUCUCUGGAACUUUGAUAUGCUGGGCUACGUAUUCGCUGGACAAAUUGCUACCGCAGUUGCCGUUCCCUUCUUCUGCGGAUACUUGAGCGACUUGGUAGUCAAAAUCUUGAGCAAGAGGCAUAACGGCGUCAGUCAGCCUGAGUAUCGGUACAUUGCUCUCAUCAUCCCACUAUUGUCCACACUCAUAUCGACCAUUAUCUUCGGAAUGACUGCGCAGAACCCUAAUGAUUGGAGCUGGGCAGGUAUCGCUGUUACGCUCAACUUUGAGUACUUUGGCUUCGUGGGUAUCGUCGUAUCCAGUUUCGUCUACUGCAUGGAUGCCUACCCUCAGCGUAUUGAUGCUGCCCUUGUUCUCAUCUGCUCUCUGAGAGGCUUCAUCGGGUUCGGAAUCUCCUUUGGCACAGUCAGCUUUGUGGAGAAGGCAGGGUAUGAAGGUGCAUUCAAUAUCUGCGCAGGUAUUGUAGCAGCUUCUAUAGGUCUGGGCAUUCCUGUCUACUUCUUUGGACCAAAGAUUCGUGCCAUCACCCAAAAGUAUGCUCAGGAUGAUUGA